AUGGUAUAUUAUAUAAAAAGAAGUGAACGUAUUAAAAUUCGUAUAGUUAGUAUGGUAUGCACCAUAUAUACUUGUAUAAUCUUGAGAGUAUGUUCUGCAAGUAAUGGAUACAGUUGUUUUGAGACAACCGAGAUUCGAGACUUAUUGGCAAAUAUAGAUAAAAGCGAUUUAUUUCCUGCUAUGUCUAAGGAAGACUAUAGUAUACUAUUGGAACUGCAUGAUGUGGCAUUUUAUUCAGAAAAUACAUUAUCGACUUCGGAAAAUCUAUUCCCAGAUUCAGAAAGUGCAAUACAACCAGCCCAGAUAAGUAACCCACCAGAGCAUCAAGAAAAUUUGCCCAAGUUAAAUAAUGAAAAGCAGGAAAACAGCACGUCUUCUAUAUUUUCAGAUAGCGAACUCGUCUCUUAUCUUUUUGAUGUUGAAAACGAAUAUAUCGAAGCAUGCAGAAACCAGAAAGAAAGUAUACUUAAUAAUCCAGUUGAAGAAAUCACAUCAAAGCGCCAAAGAGAGUCUAUUUCAACUAGUUCAGAUGAUAAUUUAAGUACCAAGAAAAGAAAAAGUGCAGAGAGUAUAGAGGAUAUGGAUUCUUGUUUUGGCCGCACUAAAGUAUUCAUUGAAACCAAUAAGUAUGAAAAUGCCUAUAAGAACCUCAAUAUCUACAAAUCUCAAGCACAAAGCAAUUUAAAAAUAGAUGAGCCCCGUGUUUUUUCAUAUUGCUUUGUUAAGGGUGGCAUGGAUAAUGAAAAUACAAAAUGUGAAUGUAGUAUUGAGAAGAAUUGCAAAAAUAUACCCAAAUUAUGGCACCUUUUAACUAGCUCACACCAUAACUCCUUGGCUGAAAAGAUAGAGUGCAUUAAAAGCUUAGCUAAUCAGAUAAAAAAGGAACAAGCAAAUAAUCCCACGAAGAAUGGUUAUUAUUAUUAUUUCUUUUUAGAGGACUUUAAAAAAUACAUAGAAACUCAUAUAGACAUAGCGCAUAUUAGUGCAAAAUACGACUACACAGACAGCUGUAAGAACAAUAUAUGCUCUAUGUCUAAAACAGAGCCAGAGACACUUGGAGAGAUAUACGAAGAGACCCAAACAGAUCUUAAGUGGUGGGCUAACAGUAUGUCUGUUAUCUCUGCAAAAACUGAGGAAAUUAAGAGUGCAGGAUCUGCAGAUGCAGCACUAAAAGAAAAGCUGCAUUUGAUUCUAAAGCUGCCAGAGGUGCUCAGAGACUUGGUUCUGAUAACUCCCGAGAUAUUGUUAAAGACAAAAAGAGAAAUGGAAAACCACUCUAACUUAGAGGCUAGCAGAGCUUUCUGCAUUAUAGAGUACCUAUACUACUUAGUGAACGAUGAUGCAGAAAAAAUGAAUAUUGCGUAUAAUGAAGUCAAAGCGCUAUCUGUGAACGGAGAACCUAUAAAUGACCAGAGUACUAUGGUGGUUUACAUACUUAUCUAUGAUGCAUUCUGUUUGUUCUACCAAUGUGCACCAUUUACCUGUGUAGCUGAUAUUAAGAGUGAAGAAGACAAUCCCGAAAAAAAAGAAGCACGCAUUAAAAGUAUUUUUCAUUCCCACUGCCCGCACAUACCAAAGAGUGGUGUCUUCAGACUGCGUGGAAAAAGAGCAAUUGUAGAGCUAGCACUCAGCGAAUACAAUCCCAGUAAGACUACAAAUUCAACUAGAAAAAGUGUAGAAGAGAUCGAAGUCCCCAAACCAACGGAGAUAGAACAGCAAGAUGAGUCAUUUUUAAACCUAUCACACCACCAUUCAGAAGAUCACUACCAUGUGCAGCUAGUUGAUAACAUGUACCACACAGUAAAACUUAUUCCUAUUCCAUAUUACAAUUCUAUAGAUGGAUCUAUACAAAGGAAAACUCAUUCAAUUUGGGAUAUAGUAGAGUACAUAAAAUCUAUACUGAAUUCGACCUAUCCAGAAAAGGAUUCAGAGUUUAAUGUCUAUCCAUUUAAGUAUAAUAGAAAGGAUAGAAAAUGGGCGUUCAUAGAUGAGAAUUUCAAAUCUAGUAUUCAGCUAGAAUUAGAUAUAACUCUAGAUGAAAUGAAUGACAAUGGAUAUGAUGUGUUAUUCUACUACUUUGAAGAGGAUAUAUAUACAGAUUACUUUAAAUGUAUAGAUUUUCAAAUCUCUGCUGACUCGAAUUCCGAAACACCCCGAAUUCCUUUAUUCCUUACAAACUUUAUGCUGGUAAGUGCUAUAGUUAGCCCGUAUGCAGUGAGUAGCACAGAUUCUAUUGGAAACCAGCACAUUUUAAAUUAUGCUAAUGAAAAGAAUGAGGCUAUUAACUCUUUUCAGAUGGAUAAAAGUACAGCUGUAACCAGCCAUAAGCCAUCUGCUAUAUCAUCAAGUGACAAUGAAUCUCAACCAGAAAGAAGUUAUAUUAAUUACUACUACAGCGAUUUUUUGGUUCGGAAUAUAAAAGACUGCGCAUUUUUUGCUGCAGAAUGCUUUAGUACAGGUAUUUUACUUGAAUUGUCAGAAAUAACAGGUGAGCUAUCUACAGGCUGGUAUACACAGAUAAAGAGAAGCAUACGUGAGUAUACAAACUACUGUUUUAGUAUAAGUACAGCUCAGAAACUUCGGAAAAAAAGGCUGCUGCAUGAAAAAAAUGAGGUAGCCCUAACACUUCUGGAUAUAUUGCAGAGUGAGAGUUCAACAGACGAUAAAGUUACAUAUGGGCUGUGCAUAUAUACAUCUUCGAGUGGCAAGGAAGUUGCCGUUCCAAUUAUGUGCGAGAAAAUGCGAAGGCUUUUAAGUGAGAACAUUCAUAGUGAGAUUAAUUCUGAUAUUCUUCCUCCAUGCAUUGAUAUUGAAGAUAUAAAAGAGGAUACUCCUGUCUUUAUCACGGUAAAAACCUUUAACUAUAUGCAGGCAAACCUUGGAAUACACUAUGACAUUAUAGCUGCGCUCUUCCAUAAUAAUGAUGAUUCCGCACCUGCACCAAAGCCAAAGUCUUCCACAAAGGCUAAAAACAAAGCUGUUGGCAUUAAUUAG